GAACUAAUGCACGCUCAGGAUCACGAUAUUUAUCAUCCAAUUAGAAGUUGUCUAUAUCGGAAUUCAAAUAUCUGGAAUAUUCGAGAACUUAAUUUGAAGACAAUAUUCGAAAGUAUUAAUCGUUUGAUAUUAUAUAAAAAGAAUAUUGGAUAUUAAGUGUAAUUUGAAAAAAAGAUGUCUACCGAAAAAUCUCAAAAAGAAAGUGAAAGAAUAGAAAAAGAAAUUAAGCAUCCGCUACAACAUAAAUGGAACUUAUGGUUUCAUCAGAAUGAGAAAAGUAAGCUAUGGGAAGACAGUCUAGUCAAAUUAAGUUCGUUUGAUACUGUGGAAGAUUUCUGGUCUCUGUUUAAUCAUAUUAUAUUGCCAAGUAACUUGCCAAUAGGAUCCGAUUAUUCUAUUUUCAAGGACGGGGUUAAACCUAUGUGGGAAGAUGAAAGAAAUGUUCAAGGAGGAAGGUGGCUGAUUAAUGUACGAAAACAUUUGAAAAAUUCCAGUUUAGACGAUUACUGGUUGGAAACACUUUUGUGCCUUAUUGGAGAAGCCUUUGAUGAAGAGGACAAUGAAGUAUGUGGAGCUGUAAUAAAUAUUAGAAAAUAUACUGAUAAAAUUGGAGUAUGGACCUCAAAUUCCAAAAACUCAGAAAGUAAUAUCAAAAUAGGGUAAGUAAAUCUAUGUUUGAUUUUA